AUGGUUGCAGUACUGAUUACCGGUGCGACGGGGAAGCAAGGAGGUUCGCUCAUCAAGAGUCUAAUUGCUAAAAAAGCUUCCUUUGAAGUUCUUGCCGUCACACGCAAUGCCCAAUCCUCAUCUGCCCAGAAAUUGGCGCAGUUGUCAUCCAAGAUCAAACUGGUGGAGGGAAACAUGGACGAUCCCGCUGCUAUAUUCCGAAAUGCGCGACUAGUUGCCAAAUCUCCCAUCUGGGGUGUCUACAGUGUUCAGGUAGCAAUUGGCAACGGUGCGCUGGAGGAGUCGCAAGGGAAGGCACUCAUUAAUGAGUCGCUGAAGGAGAAAGUUCAAUUCUUCGUGUACAGCUCUGUUGAUCGAGGGGGAGAUGCCUCUUAUACGACUCCGACGAAAGUCCCGCACUUUAUCAACAAACACAACAUCGAGCACCACCUCGUCGAGCGAAGUAAGAACACCGACAUGAGGUGGACAAUUCUUCGACCGGCUGCUUUUUAUGAGAAUCUCGUUCCAGGGCUCUUCGGCAAGGUCUUUGCGACUAGCUUUAAGGUGGCGUUGAAGGGGAAGCCUUUACAGAUGGUGGGGACGGAUGACAUUGGAUUCUUCGGUGCUGAAGCUUUCCUAUACCCGGAGGCAUACCAGAACAAGAGCCUUUCCUUGGCAGGAGAUGAGUUGACAUAUGACCAAAUGGCGUUAAUUUUCAAACAAAAGACGGGCCAGUCAAUCCCGGCGACUUUCCAGAUCCUCUGCUCAAUCUUCAUGGCAUCGAUGAAGGAUAUGGGAUAUAUGUUCAAGUGGUUCCAUUAUGGGGGCUACAAGGCCGACAUCUCUGAGCUGAAGAGAAUGAAUCCAGGUCUCAAAGACUUUGGGACUUGGUUGGAACAUGACAGCGAAUUUAGGCGUUGA